AGAACUAAUGGACAAACGAAGACGGUAAAAUGAUUCAACGAAAAUGUGUUUUGGCAUUGAUUUUUAUUUUUUGUGUUCGUGAAUCUGAACAGAGAGGACCACCAGGUAUUCCUUCGCCAGCCAAUCCUACACCUUCAAAUCCGGUAACCGCUGCUCCAAUUAGACGGCAACCAACUGUAAUACAAACAACAUGGGCUCCACAGAUACAGCAACCCCAGCAGCAGCUAGAGUCUCCACAGAAUAAUUGGGAUCAACAACAGCAGUCAACAGAUGAAGAAUGGCGUCCUGAUUGGAGAGACAGAGGACCUCCACCACCAGAUUUUGAUGGUUGGCAUCAUCAUCAUCACCAUCGUCCACCUUGGAUGCGGGGCCCUUGGUGGCGACGCCCGCCACCACCUUGGGGACCGCCUCCACCAGGGCCGCCUCCUCCAUUCGGAUGGAGAGGACUUUGAGAAAUGUAUACACAUGAUAUCAUUGUUCAUAAACCAUUGGUCAUACACCGAUAUUCACACCAAGAAUUAACAAUAAAAUGAAUAACCAGAG